CUUUGCGAAGAAGGAUUCUUCUUAGAGCAACUUCACCCUCAUACCCUCAUAUCAAUGACAAGAUAAUACGCUUUGGCAACUUCAAUAUCAUCCUCCCAAGACGACGUUCUCUCUUUUCGUCAACCGGCGUGUCUCUUUAUCGUUUCUUCCAUUUGGGAGAACGAAAGUAGGCACGCCGAAGAAUAAUUUCACUUUCCUCCACCUUGUCACCAUAAACCAGGCAACAAACAGAAUGCUGUCUACAUUGAGGAUCAUUCAUCCUCCUUCUUCCGAUAAUCCAACAUGUCUGCCAAUACUGCUUUUGACAGUAGACAAUAAGAAAUUCCUCUUCAAUGUGCCCGAAGGAACGACUAGAAUUUUGCUUCAACGUGGUACAGGAGGUGCUUUGAGAAAUUUCAAGGGAAUCUUUGUACCUCGUUCUGGAAUCGAUGAAUGCGGUGGUCUUGCAGGAAUGCUGAUGUCAUUGGCAGAUCGAUCAUUGUCAGAGGUUGAAUUGUAUGGACCACCUGUUCUUUCUCAAUUGGUAUGCACAGCACGUUCAUAUGCAAGACGUGAUACUUUCAAAGUGAGCAUACACGAAAGCAACCUUUCAGAUAAUGGCUCUUCUUCUUCAACGAAUGGUGGAUUCUUGUACAAAGAUGCAGAUAUUGGUGUUCAAGCUAUUCCAGUAUACCCUAAAGGCUUCUCCUUACCUUAUUCGAAUGGCGUGUCGGAAGCUACGUCUGAUCGACCUUCCAAGAAGCAAAAGAGUGAGGACAGCAUAGAUCAAAACAGAUAUGCACCUACCGCAGAAGUUCAACAUUUCUUGAAUUUGAUGUUCUCAUCCAAGACUCAUAGCAAUGGCAACGACCAAGAAAUAGAGAAUGGAUCGGAUGAAGAAGCUGCACAGAGGGCCAAAGUCACUCAAAGUAGGUUUCAAAGGCUUUCCCCGCCCCCUCUUCCUUCAAUAGAGCUGUCCGAAGCAAACGCUGGACAAGCACCUGCUUUGACGUUCAUCGUAAGAGGAAGCCCAGUCAGAGGACGUUUUGACGCUCAAAAAGCACGAGAGAUUGGUGUACCAGACCCUGCCCUUUUUAGAGCCUUGGCGAGCGGGCAGGAUAUUGAAAUCUCUAGACCGAUACAAUGGUUCGAAUGGGAUGAAAAACGAAAAAAUGCUUGGUACAAUCAGCUUAAAGCAUUAAAGGCAGCCAAAAGUGGGAAAAAUACAAAAGCAAAGAAAGCUGCAACAGUAGGCGAUGAUGAAUUGGCUAAUGUGGAAACGGAGACUGUUACGAUCUACAGCAAAGACUUAUUGGCACCAUCAAUACCUUCCACAGAUUUCGCGCAGGUCUAUCUACCUUCUAUUGAUUACUUGGACUCUUUCCUUUCAGCAAAUACGCAAGCGCAAUUUGAAGCAGCAAAAGAACAAAUGCACACUAUGAUUCAUGCUGUGCAUCCUGAUGUGCUAGAGACUGACAAGUAUCAAGCUUUCAUCAAGAGCUUCCCUACAACGCAUCAUUACAUUUCUUGCCGUCAGUAUGUUCCUGACAAGCUUGGCUACACUUCCUUCUCAACAAGUAUGCUACGUCUAAGCCGAAUCGAUCAAACUUUGUUCAAGGUUCCAAAUUACUCAUUGACGCCAGAGCGAUCACUCACAAAAGUAGGACUUGGUCUAUCCAACAUUCUUCCCAUUGAUACGGAAACGUUGAUCGGACUCCAACCACGUAAACCGCCGACGUUGAAAGAUGCAAAUAUUAAAGACUUCAACUUUGCGAUUGAUUCACCAGAAGCAGAGGCAUUGGCCAGUUUCUCUUAUGAGCCAGAGCUUGAAUCUCAAGCUGCUCCUCUUGAACGUGGGCGACAGAGAUGGACGAGAUACUUGCAAUUAAUUGCAAACUUACACGAAGAAGAGAUGCAAGAUGUGUCUCAUGAUGCAACUUCAAGUCAACUCGACAAGAUUGCACUUACCACCCUGGGCACUGGGAGCGCUUUGCCUAGCAAGCAUAGGAACGUUAGUAGUACCCUCUUGCAUCUUCCUGACGAUCAGGGUUACAUUCUUUUGGAUGUAGGCGAAGGCACAUACGGACAAUUAUGUCGAAGAUUCGGCGCAGAGGUUGACGAGGUCAUUCGUAAUAUCAGGUUGAUCUUCCUCAGUCAUACGCAUGGUGAUCAUCACAUGGGAACAGCGAAAUUGUUGGCAGAACGAAAGAAGCUUUCGAUUGAUCGUCCAUUAUUUGUGCUUAGCAACACUUUCACUCGGGCAUAUCUAUCUGAAGUCAAUGACAUUCAAUCUCUCGAUAUUUGUACACCGAAAGAAUCAGGAAGCGCAAAACGAGGUGUAAUCUUUCUCGAAAGCGAAAACUUUGAUUCUUGGCAUGGAAUACAACCCGAUUCACUCGUCAAAAGUCCAACGCCGAAAGGCCAAGAAGACAAAGCGUAUCGUGCUUUCACUGAAAAUGAUAUCCGUAACUACGUGGACAGAACUCAUCGAGACUCAAAAGCUGAUCACAACAUUGAAUCUCGGGUAAACUUUGUCAUGAAUCAGACCAUGAAAACAAAGAAUCCACUUCGAGAUGCUGUAAAGCAACAAUUGAAUGCUCUAGAGGACAGUCUCAGUGGAACCAAGGUGUUUACUACCGAAGUCGACCAUCGAGGAGCAAAAUGUUUCGGAAUCGUGUUGCGAGGAGAGGGUUGGAGUAUGGCAUACAGUGGUGAUACACAACCUUGUGAACGUUUCGUCCAAGCGGGUAAAGAUGUUGACAUUCUUUUGCAUGAGGCCACAUUCGAAAACGGAGAAGAAGAGAAUGCGGCAAAGAAGAAGCAUAGUACCGUUGGACAGGCCCUUGAUGUUGCGCGAAAGAUGGGAGCAAAGAAAUUAUUAUUGACCCAUUUCAGUCAACGAUAUCCCAAUAUACCAAAGAUCAGACCAGAACAAGCAGGUGGUGACAAUUCUGGUAUGAACCCAUUGGUUGGUAUUAGCUUCGAUUUAAUGACUGUCAGACCAAACGAUAUCGGCAAAACGGAACGCUACCGAGAAGCAUUGCAGGUCUUAUUUGAUGCUGAAGAAGAGGAUGGUGGAGACGAAGAUAGUGGAGAAGGAGAGAAUAGAGAGAAGAGUAAAGUGAAGAGCGAGAAAGAAAAUGCGAACGGAAAAGCCAAACGCAAAGAUGCGAAGGAAACAGAAUCUGUCGCGGAAGGUAAGUGAGGUUGACAAAGUUUAAUACAGCUAAAAGUAGAGACAUCGUCAUUGACAGACCAUCUUGCCGAAUAUUAUCCAGACAAAAAGCCUGAGCAGCCAAGAAAUGGGAAUGCAAAAGAUGUACAACCAAAUGAAUCAUCUGCUCCCAAGAGCACUUCCUUCAAAAAUCCAAAAGGCUACAUCAUACAAAGCAAGUACGUCAAAGAUCAUGAAUACGUUUACGUGGUGAUCAAUGCGGUACCCUUGCAACGUUCACGCAAUACACCUGCUCCAACCGAAGAUGCUCCUUUCAGCAGAUUGACAUUUGCUGAUUCGGUGCAAAAAUCGUUGGACGAGAUGCAUGGCUUGGUGGGAAGCAGUUUUGAACGAGAUUUAAUCUUAUUUCAACCUUC